CCUGAAACUGCUCAAGCUCGAGUCACUUGGUUGGCCAGAGAGACGGGAGCGCCAGCCACGAGCGCCGCACGGGAGCGCCAGGCACGGAAACGCGCCGAGUCACGCCUCCGCCCGCUGCUCGAGCGGGCACGGCAGACAGCGGCGCCCCGCUCCCUCCCACUACCACCACAAGCCGAUAGACAAUGCCCGACUCGGCGCCGCAAGUCACAAUCCGCGCCAUCGAGUCGCGCGACGAGGCGGCGUGGCGCGGGCUCUGGCAGCUGUACAAUGAGUUCUACGAGCGCACCGUUGCCGAGGAGGUGACGGCCGCGGCGUUCAGCCGCUUCCUUGAUCCCACCAGCACGUUCAGCUGCGCCGUGGCCGAGCAGUCCGACGGCGCGCUGCUCGGCUUCGUCACCUGGAUGCCGCACCCGACGACGAGCAGCAUCGAGCCGGCCCUCUACCUCAACGACCUGCUCGUGCACCCAGACUCGCGCUGUGGCGGCCUCGGCCGGCGCCUCAUCGAGCAUGUGUAUGCCGACGCCGAUGCCAAGGGCGCGCCCAACGUGUACUGGCACACGCAGCACUUUAACCACCGUGCACAGCUCCUCUACAUCAAGGUCGGGCGCCUCACCGACCGCCGCAAGUACACGCGCCACUAGCGGUGCACGGGUGACUAAUGCAAUGACGCGCUAAGGUGACACAGGAGAGG